AAAAUACGCUUAUUUCGUUAAGCGAAAAAAAAAUUUUGGGGUUUAAGUGGACCUUAAAUGUAAACGUAUCUUUUUUUUCCCCAUCUGACUCAGAUUAUCUUAGGCAAUGAUAGAACUGGAAGGUCAACGUUCUUUGUGUGGGAGACGAAUACAAAAGAGUUUUUUACCUCCUUAAAGGAGAUUAAAGACUACAUUAAUGCCAUUGGUCAGAUUACCAGACAAACACCCAAACAAACCGUAACCAAAAGCACUUUCGAAGUCGAAUAUCCUACCAGCAAAAUAGAAUUCUCUCAGAGGAUAGACUUUAUGCAAAAAAUUCUUUCAAGCAUAACUUCUAGUUUGGAAAUGCACAAAUUGGAAGGAGAAACCUACACUGUGCGGAAAAAGUUGGAGCUCAUCAGCAGACAUAGUAAAAUAUUGGAGGAACUGUACACCUUCGUAACAGGCAUGACAAGCCAUGCUUGUAAAUGCGACCUAUUUGUCAAGAGAAAGUUUUACUACUUCAUGUAUAACAGCUUAAAAGCCGUGCAUUGGGAUUUGAAAGCUUGUAUUGCCGGCCUACGAUUGGCAGAAAUGUACAUGACAAAGGAUGAGUGUGAAAUGCUUCAAAACCUGUUGGCAGACCAAAGAGUAAGAGAUAGACAAGUUGAGCAGUUGGAAAAAAUGAAGAAGUGGAUGUUCUCCACGUUCCACGGAGCAGAAUCGAGGGCACCCUCGCCAGGAAAAAUUAAGAAGGUUCGGUCUAUGGGCCGUGGCACGUGGUUCGCCUUAUGUGGAUAUCCCCUUUAUCGGACCAGUUAUACCGUUCAAAAUAAAGGACAACAAUUUAGAGCUAUAAUUUAAGAACAAAACAAGGUGAAGGAAAAAUGAAAAUACAGACCAGCCUGUCUCUUAUUCACCAAGAACACGCGAGAAGCCUUCCUAUUUCCCUAAGACGAUCCACAGGCCCUGUUUGCCCAAAGUGGUGGUUGAAAAGUCAUGGAGACUGCAUUAUUCUUUCCAGAAGGAGGAACUUACAGAGAGCAGUGUUCCAAGUAAAAGUAUUGGAAAUCUGUAGACUAGUCUCUUCCAACGAGGAUUUCUGGAAAAAGCGAAAAAUAAUCUAGAAAAUAGUCCGGAGUUUUAUCAACUUCAUAAAAAAAAUCAUUUACAAGAUGAAAUAUCUUUAGUACGUCAGAUUUCAUGAUAAGUCUUCUUAUCAUGAUCAAAUUUUUGUCAUACAUUGGAGGAACACAUUGUUGCUUAUGCAAUUGUGACUGCAUAUCUUCAUUGCGCAUCUUGAAGUUUUAGUCUUAAAUUUGCACGAAGACUGUAAGGAUGAAAACAUGACUCUUAAGGAUGGCUAGGUCUAUAGAAGAACUACUAGACUAGCGGAAUGAAAAGCGAACAGGCGGUAAAAUAUUAAUGAGUUUUCAUAACGUGAAUUUUUUGGAAAAACCUGUGGACGAAAAAUCAGUCUUUGUAUCAGUUUGAAAUCUGACGGUUAAGCCAUUGGCGGACCAAUUCUAGUACGAGCAACAGAAAAUUGAGAAUAAAAAGAAAAAAAGGAAUCAUGAUUGCUAUGCAUGGGGCAGAUCACGAAAUACGCCUGGCAAACUCGUAGAAUAAAUGAAAACGUUUAAAACUAUUUCAGUUCUUCAAGACUGAAAACUUCUGAGUGUGUGACGUAGCUUCCACAAUCACCACGAUUUACCAUAAGCAUCGAAUUACGCCAAAAAAGGUCGUAGACUGAGGAUGAGUAGAUGGUGUUGCAAGGGCAGAGCCAUUCAGUCAGAUGAAGAGGCGUGUUUGAAGGCUUAAGGUGGCUCGUACCGGUUUUCAUCUUUUUGAUGGUUUGUAACUUUGAAAGAAUACAACAGAAAGGCUGAC